ACAGUACACCAGUGUUCAUUUUGCUUUUCUGUAACUUUACAGUCAUGUCUGUAGACAGUAAAGCAGACAAAAUGCUUGAGAACAGCUCACAAACAGGACUAUCAGCUCCACUGAACACACUCAAUAACGGUGCAAAGGUUAUGGAUGUCUGUACAGAGUCCAUGGAUAAUCAGAGGACUGCUAAUGCUGAUUCAGCUACUGUUUCUUCAGUUAUUGCUCUAUUGUUGCGGAUGCUGGAGGCCGCGAAGGCUCGGCGUUCGGUGAACCUGCACGGGGCUGUAGGAUCAUCUCCAUCGAGUGACAGGACUGUAAGUGAGGAUCCAAGUACAAACCGAGUUCUAGAUCUGCCUCAGCAAUUUAACAAGAGACUCACUAAGAUGGGCAGCUGCUCGGUGUCCAACUCAAAGAACUUUGCUGAUGGCCCGAGCUCAGCAAGCUCUGAAGAUGAGAUUUCGCCUCGAGACAAAGAGCAAACGAACUCUAAAGGAAGUAAGGACUUCUGCGUUAAGGACAUCAGUCAGGCUUCGGUUGGCCGCAGAGAAAUAGAAAUAGCAGAGCGAGACAUGCCAGCGCUGAUGAUGCUGAGAAAGGCAGGGCAGCAAGAGAAGCCACUAGGAGGAGCUAAAAUAGUGGGCUGUGUCCAUAUCACAGUACACAUGGCUGUUCUGAUAGAGACGUUGUCUGCGCUGGGUGCUGAGUGUCGAUGGGCUUCCUGUAAUAUUUACUCAAUCCAGAAUCACAUCGCUGCUGCUCUUGCAGAGGCUGGUAUUCCUGUGUUUGCAUGGAAAAAGGAGUCCGAGGAUGAUUACCUCUGGUGUAUAGACCGUUGUGUGAAUAUAGAAGGCUGGGAGCCAAACAUGAUUCUUGAUGACGGAGGAGACAUGACACAAUGGGUCUAUAAGAAAUACCCACAGCUCUUUCAGAGUAUCAUGGGGAUUGUUGAAGAAAGUGUCACCGGUGUUCACAGAUUAUAUGAAAUGUAUAAGACGGAGAAGUUUUGUUGCCCAGCAAUAAAUAUCAACGAGUCAGUGAUAAAGCAAAAGUUUGACAACUUUUAUUGCUGCAAGGAAUUGAUCCUGCAUGGUUUGAAGAGGAUCACUGCUCUUCCUUUUGGUGGGAAGCAGGUGGUUAUCUGUGGAUAUGGAGAGGUGGGAAAGGGCUGCUGUGCUGCUCUGAAAGGGAUGAAAGCAGUUGUAUAUGUGACUGAGAUUGACCCAGUGUGUGCACUACAGGCCUGCAUGGAUGGCUUCCAACUGGUCAGACUGAACGAGGUCAUCCGAGUGGUGGACGUCGUUAUCACCUGCACCGGAAAUAGAGAUGUUGUUAUACGAGAGCACAUGGAUCAGAUGAAGAACGGCUGUAUCGUGUGCAACAUGGGUCACUCCAAUACAGAGAUUGAUGUGGCCAGUCUGAUGACACCAGAGCUGAAAUGGCAGCAUGUAAGACCGCACAUGGAUCACAUCAUCUGGCCAGAAGGCAAAACCAUAGUACUACUAGCAGAGGGUCGGCUGGUUAACCUGAGCUGCUCUGCUGUACCUGUUUUUGUGCUGUCUAUUACAGAAACAACUCAGGUUUUGGCAUUGAUUGAGCUGUUUAAUGCACCUGAGGGACUUUACAAACAAGGCAUUUACUCAUUUCCUAAGAAGAUGGAUGAGUGUACAGCACUUCUGCAUCUCCAGAACUUUGAUACACAUUUAACUGAACUCACAGAUGAGCAGGCCAGGUACAUAGGUGUGAACAAGAGCGGCCCUUUUAAGCCAAACUAUUACAGGUACUAAGCUGUAGAGGGGGUCAGCACACCCUAUAAGAGGUCCUCAGUGGAGACAAGCCUGCAAGGAUAAUUCAUUUUGUUAUAACCUUCACACUGGAACUGAUUUACAUUCUGGUCAUAUAUAUAUAUAUAUAUUCUUUUGUCCAUGGUUGAAAAUGUCAU